AUGGCAGAGAGCACGACCAAGACUGGCCAGCCGCUGGAUCGUGCGGUCCUUGAAUCUGUCCUACGUCGACGACUCUUCUACACGCCCUCCUUCGAAAUCUAUGGCGGAGAACGCGGGCUCUUUGACUACGGUCCACCAGGAUGCGCCCUGCAAGCCAAUGUGGUCGAUCUUUGGCGGAAGCAUUUUGUCCUGGAAGAAGACAUGCUCGAGGUUGACUGCACCAUGCUUACUCCAGAGGCAAUUCUCAAGACCAGCGGGCAUGUCGACAAGUUUGCAGAUUGGAUGUGCAAGGAUCCCAAGAGUGGGGAGAUCUUCCGUGCGGACCAUUUGGUGGAGCAGGUCCUCGAGGCCAGGCUGAAAGCCGAUAAAGACGCACGCGGUCAAACGAUCGAGGUUGACGAAGCGAAGGAGGCCAAAAAGAAGAAGAAGAUCAAGGACACAAAGAUCGAGAAGCUUGACGACGCCCUCGUGCAAGAGUAUGAAGAGACCCUGGCAAAGAUUGACAACUACGGAGGUGACGAGCUCGGCGAAUUGAUCAAGAAAUACAACAUCAAAGGUCCUUCAACCGGAGCAGAACUUGAGCCGCCCAGGGCUUUCAACCUCAUGUUCCAGACCCAGAUUGGACCUAGCGCCGAGAAACCCAAUGGAUAUCUUCGUCCAGAAACCGCCCAAGGUCAGUUCCUGAACUUCCAGAAGCUCCUCGAAUUCAACCAGCAAUCAAUGCCCUUCGCCUCUGCCUCCAUUGGAAAGUCCUUCCGAAACGAAAUCUCCCCUCGCUCAGGGCUUCUGCGUGUCCGCGAGUUCUUGAUGGCCGAAAUCGAGCAUUUUGUCGACCCUGAAGGUGGGAAAAAGCACCCUCGCUUCGAAGAUGUCAAAGACACCAAGUUAUCUCUCCUGAACAGAAAAACUCAACUCGCGGGGAGCACAAAACCCGACCUGCUGACUAUUGGGGACGCGGUGUCUUCUGGACUGGUAGAUAAUGAGACUCUCGGCUACUUCCUGGUCAGGAUACAGGACUUUUUGCUCAAACUCGGAGUUGACCAGACCAAAUUGAGAUUCAGACAACACAUGGCCAAUGAAAUGGCCCACUAUGCAGCGGACUGCUGGGACGCCGAACUCUUCACUACCUACGGUUGGAUUGAAUGCGUGGGGUGUGCCGACCGAAGCGCCUAUGAUUUGACAGUCCACAUGAAGAAGACUGGAGCACCGCUCGUUGUGCGCGAAACUCGAGCGCAACCGUUGAUCAUCGAAGAGUAUGAAGUUGACUUGGAACGCAAGAAGCUUGGACCCAAAUUCCGCAAGGAUGCAAAAGCCGUCGAAGCCGCCGUGGAUGCUCUUUCACAGGACCUGCGCGAAAAGCUUGCGCUGGAGUUGGAUAAGUCUGGGAAAAUUGAGAUCGAGACGCCUGGUGUCGGAAGCGGACGAACAGAGCUUGAGAAAGACCUGAUCAAGAUCGAAAAGAGGAAACGAACAGAACACGUCCGCGAAUACACGCCUAACGUCAUCGAGCCGUCCUUUGGCAUCGGACGAAUUCUCUACAGCCUGAUGGAACACGUCUUCUGGAUUCGCGAAGGGGAUGCUGCCCGUGGAGUCUUGUCCUUCCCCCCUGCUGUGGCCCCCACCAAAGUCCUCCUUGUCCCACUCUCUGGCCACGCAGAUUUCAAGCCCUUCAUCAAGAAACUAACCACCCGUCUACGCCGAGUCGGGGUUUCUAAUAAAGUGGACGACUCUUCUGCAAGCAUUGGCAAGAGGUACGCUCGUAACGACGAAUUGGGGACACCGUUUGGGAUCACUAUUGAUUUCCAGACGGUCAAAGAUGGGUCGUUGACGCUGAGAGAAAGAGACUCCACGAAGCAAGUCAGGGCGAGCGAGGAUGAGAUCAUCGCAGCGGUCAAGGCUUUGGUGGAUGGGGAAGAGAGCUGGGAAGAUGUCGUCAAGAAGUUGCCUGCCUUUGAAGGGCAAGAUCUGGAGUGA